AUGCUCCUCGUGCGACUGGAUAACCCUGAUUCAAGGCCGCCGCCGCCGAUAAACAGUCGGUUUGUGCUAUCGCCAAGGCAGCUGAUCGCGCGCGCUGAAGUGAGAAUAACCCUGCGAGGUCGUUCGGAGUCGCCGCCAAUAAGACGGAUGGACCAUAGCGGAAGCAGCGCCAUUGUGCACUACGAAGGGAAUAAUGGAACUGCCCUCAUAACGCUACGUAGACAUUCAGUUGCAACAGCAAGUCAAUAUGCACCAAUCACUGAGAACCAAUUGGGAGACGCUCGGGAGGUGAUUGGUCUACCAGCUCGUGACUCAGUUGCACUAGCUACAUGCGCACACGACCUUGAAGUGGCGGCUACAAAACAGUUGCCACCGCUGCAUCCACGCUCGGCUCUGCUUCGCACAGCGCCUGGGACCUCCAAAGUAAGCCAAAGACAACCUCAGAAAAACAGACCUUCAUCUGGCAAUUUCUCUUCCACCCUCCUCAUCAACACACCAGGACAUGCAUGCGUAACCCGGUCAAAGAGUUUCAAGACACUUCGUCGCUGCGAGUCACCAGAACCCUACAGAUCAAGUUCUCCUAGCUCAAGACCACUGCUUGCAAGGCACGCGAGCUUUGAGACAGCUCUACCCAUUUACUCAGAAGAGAGUGAUAUCUACGUUCACAUUCCUGAUACUAAGCCCUCUGAAGACCCUCUACCACGUCUUCGUAGCGUCGCUUCAAUAGAUAACUUCGUGACCAGCAAUCCAAACGCUCGACUCCCCCCUGCACACCCUGCAGCCGCUCAACGGAAUGGCGUCGCUGGUAUGCUAGCCACUAAUAAGGGUUCAAAUUCUCCUGUCAAAUAUCCAUCCACGCAAUCAGCUAGACUGCAUGAUUCCACGUCCUCCCCAUCACUAGAACGCUCAGCCGUUAAUAUAGCCAUGACUGGGGGUGGGCCAGAGUCCACAUCUUCGUCAAACCAGGGUUCACACUUCCUUCCUAAGGAGUCCAUCCCAACCAAGAGACUGGCGACGCGGCCGGUGGUUGGACGGCACUACUCGCGAAUCCAACUGCCCUGCACGAAGGCCAGCUCACGCUCUAACACUCGAGUGAUGACAGAUAGUUUAAAGCUUUAUGAGGAGCAGAUCUUUUCGCAUCAGAUCUCCAGUGGGCAACGACCACUCUCUUGGUGCAUAGAUUUGGGAACUAUGGACAAGAGCAUGACCCACACACCCGACGACAACUCUUCAGGGUCUCCCUCAGUCACAAACUCUUCUUCCACCAUGUCCUCUGCUUGCUCUUCAUCCUCAUCUUCUAAUGCCUCCCAUGCUGUUGGUCCUCCCAGAAUCGGGCACUUGAACCGCCUGACCUGCGUUCGACAUGGUGCUCUCACGGAUCAAUCUGGUCAGUCUUCCAAUUCGAAGAACCGAAAUCUGUCGCCCAUAAUCCACGCGGUUCGGCCAGCCUCCCCACAGUGUCCUCCUCUGCGUCUACAGAGUCCUCCUGUUCCUCCAGGAGCUGCUAAUCGGGUUGCAUCACGUGGCUCUCAGGCAGGUAUCCGUCAAAAUGCGAACGCUCUCUUCUCUACUACUUCCGCCACACCAGAGGCCUCCACCCCGAAUGCAGAGGAACAGAAUAAAAGUCUCCUUACCACCGCCUCUGCCAUCACUAGUACCAGCAUAAGUAGUGGUACAUCCACCUCAUUUACCUCCUCCCUCUCCACAGUUCGACCUGGGCAAUGCAGCUCAUCUCCUUCCCAAAUUCCAUCACCACCUCCACCACCAUCAUCGCCACCUCCUCCUCUAUCUGGCGAGGAUGGCUCCACAACUCUGGCAACGGUGAGGCCGGACGGUAGUUUCCCUACGCCCAGUCUCAGUAUGCUUCCACCACCCGCACCGUGGAACAAUCGCAACAGUUUCAGCAGUACCAGUAGCCAUAAAAACGGAGGUACAGGAAGUGCUUUUCGCCAGCUAUUCGUAUGCCCUUACUGCCGAGCUCUACCAACAUUGUGCCGGUGCUCAGCCUCGUUAAAUACCGUGAAUGGCACAUCUAGUCCGUCAUUCGAGAGCGACAGUGAAGAUGAGGAGGAGAGCACCUACGCCUUCAGCACGCUCGACUCUGACUUUAUCGCUUGGAUGCGAUUAAGUGUAAAAAACGUUAACUCUUCACAUCCUUCAUAUGCCUUGCGGAGGGCAGAAUCACUGGCGGCCCUCACACAACAGGAGGUCUGCAAUAUUGCCAGGAUCUUCAACACAAAUCCGCUUGGGUUAAGGAUGAAUCUGGUGGAAGGUACAAACAAACUAGUGGGCACAAUCCGAGUGUACAUAAACCUCAUAAAGCCGGUGAAGAUGUCUCUGCGUCAGACGAUCCGUCACAUGCCUCGACAAGACGCUGACGCCGCGGUACCCGAUCGUCUAAUCUCCUUCUUCCUUCCCCGUGGUGGCUCACGUCUCCUCCAGCUCUCUGGGUCAGUUGUCAUUUCCCCUUCUGCCUUGUGCUUGUUCCAUAUCGCAUUGCAAACAUUAUUCGUUUCUGUUAUUUUUAGCUCGACUUCUGCACAGGAAGUAAUUCAAUGUCUCCUCGACCGGUUUCACAUUCAAGAAUCGGCCAGUAAAUUCGCUCUUUACGAACAUACUUUGGAGGCUCAAACGAUUUUAUCGCGGAAACUGCCACCUUCGGAACGUCCCCUCUCCAUGCUGAUGCACUGGGUCAGAUCGGCUCUCUCAGUAGGGGAAGACUUCGCCUUAGCCGUCCGGCGCAAGCGUGUUGUGCUCCAAGAAAACGAAAACUGGGAGGUUAACUGGUCUGACUUUACCCCAGCUGAACUGAUGAAUUUCCUGCGCAUAUUGGAGAAGGAGGAGGCGGAGUACCGAAACGCCAUCUACUUUCAGUAUGGGUUGGUGCGGCAACAAAUUGAACAGCGGAUGGCACAGCUUAGCGCGCAGGACCGCCUUCUGGCCGCACGACACUCAGUAGCCACCUGCUCUCCACUCGAGCAUCUCCUUUUACUCCCGCCCCCUGAUCAGCAGGCUCCUUCCUGCACCGCUCCCAUUAUGUCUCAGCCCCACCAUGCGAGCCUAUGA